AUGAGCUUCACAAACCACAACCGAUUGCUAUCACUUACAAGACAGCUGACGUCUUACGUCAACCAAGGCUAUCACGAACAAGCCCUGGCUCUGUUCCACCAUAUGCAAACCUCUGUGGUUCUCGACCCCCCUGUCUUUCCCCUUGUUCUCAAGUCCUGCGCCGCUAUCCGCCGCACCCAGCUGGGCGCCGCUAUCCACGCCCUCGUCGGCAGAAUGGGUCUCCUCUCAAAUCCUUUCGUCGCUUGUGCUCUGGUUGAUAUGUACGGCAAGUGUGCUUCAAUUGACGUUGCACGCAGACUGUUCGAUGAAAUUCCCCAACGAAACGCUGUUGUGUGGAAUGCCAUGGUAUCUCUCUACACCCAUUCCAAGAGGGUUCGUGAGGCAUUGUUAGUGUUUGAUGCAAUGGAUGUUGAGCCGAGUACUGGUACUUUCAAUUCCCUGAUCGCUGGCCUGGCAGGAGUGGAGGAUGGAGCGCUGAGAGCUAUCAGAUUUUACAGGAAAAUGGGUGAGGUGGGUUUGAAGCCAGACUUGAUUACGCUUCUUGCUCUGUUACCAGCCUGUGCAGACUUGGGGUCGCUGAAUUUGAUCAGGGAAAUUCAUGGGUAUUCAGUGAGGAAAAAUAUUGAUCCACACCCGCAGAUAAGGAGUGGCAUUGUAGAGGCUUAUGGGAGGUGUGGGUGUCUGGAUAGAGCAACCACUGUCUUCCAAAGCAUGCAGCAAAAGAAUGUGGUUCCAUGGACCAGCCUGAUAUCUGCAUAUGCCCUCCACGGAGAGGCAGCGACUGCACUUGAAAUAUUUGGGCAAAUGGAAUUGGCAAACGUGAGACCUGAUGGUAUUACAUUCCUUGCAGUUUUGAAAGCUUGUAGCCAUGGUGGGUUGGCUGAUGAAGCAAUUCGUUACGUAAAAAAGAUGCAUGAAUAUUACGGUCUACGUGCGACCAGUGAUCAUUACUCUUGUCUGAUUGAUGUCCUGAGCAGGGCAGGUAGGUUGUCUGAGGCAUACAAAAUCAUAAGUGAAAUGCCAGUGAAGGCAACCGCAAAGUCUUGGGGUGCACUUCUUGGGGCAUGUAGAACGCAUGGAGAAAUGGAGCUUGCCGAGAUUGCUGCUAGAGCUCUGUUUGAGAUCGAACCUGAUAAUCCUGCUACUUAUGUGCUGUUGGCUACAAUCUAUGCUAAUGCAGGGAGACAAGAGGAAGCCAACAUAAUCAGAAGUAAAAUGAAAUCAGUGGGAGUGAGAGUAGACCCUGGAGGGAGCUGGGUAGAAUGA